UCCACCAACCUUUGGCCUCGCGAAAAUGCUGCCAGCUUUACGAUGUAAGGGGCCUGCCAAGACUGGGCCAGAACCAUUAGUGGCCAUAUUAAAGGACUUGAGAAGCUAUUUGAUGCUCAUACAGAUUCUGGUCUUGAGUAGAGGGCUGCUUCAGUGAGGGAAUAUCUGAACUAGCAAAUACUAAGGAAUAGGUAAGAGAAAAGAGAAAUAAACCAAUUUUAACCCUAAGCCUUCUGGAUUACCAUAAAGGCCUUGUUGAUCCAUAACCCGAAGGAGCUGUCGGCUGGGAAGCUCUGGGGAAGCCAGACUCCAGUGUCAUGCUGCCCAAAGUGACGAGUAGGUUCGGCCGUCGCCAUGACACCCAUGGCCCUCUCGCCCUUCGCAGGAAGGGCUGCAAACUUCCACCUAAAGACACAUUCAACGACACGAUGUACAUAGUUGGGGGCUGGAGCCAGGAGGACCCAUCGUGCCCUGUGGAGCAGUUCUGUCCUCAGUACAACGAGUGGCACAUGAUGGCCUCCAUGAUCCAGCACCGUGGGAACGUGGCCGUGGGCACCCUGGAUGGGAAGGUCUACACUGUGGGCGGAGACGAUAACGUUUCCUGCUUCAGGAGCGUGGAGAGGUAUGACCCCGACACCGACAGCUGGAGCAGCGACGUGGCCCCCCUCAGUAGCCCCCGCAGUGGGGUGUGUCUGGUGGAGCUGGACGGACACCUCUGGGCCUUGGGAGGCUUCGACGGCAUGGCCGCAACCAACACGGUGGAAAGGUAUGACCCUAAGAUGAACACGUGGAAGAAGCAGGCUCCGAUGUUGACGAGGCGCAGCGGGGCGGCCGCGGCGGCGCUGGACGGACACCUGUACGUGGUCGGGGGAAACGACGGAGACAUGCCCCUCGACUCAGUGGAGUGCUACAGCCCAGUGGAUGGGACCUGGUCUAUGUGCCCCCCCAUGCUGAGCCCCAGGGAGAACGCCGGCUGCGCCGUGUUCCUGGGCCGUCUCUACGUGGCGGGCGGCCGCGACGAGCUGCUCCUGGAGCUCAGCGCCGUGGAAACGUACGACCUGGAAACCCUGAGAUGGACCCCGGUCAAACGCAUGAGGUCCAAGAGAAACAACGUCUCUCUGAUGGUGUUCAACGGGACGUUGUUGGCAGCAGGGGGCUCUGAUAACUUCACCAACCUGAAAACUCUCGAAGUGUACAACCAUGAGACAAACACCUGGAGACACUUUGGGAGCAUGAAGACCAAGCAUCCAGGAGGCCAGAUUGCCAUCAUGAAAAGAGAGGAAGGGUACCUUCUCUGAACCGUCCAAACAUCGAACGUCAUAAAUUCAAAGUUUUAUUUGUUUCUGAACUUUUUACAGGCAAUGUCCAAGAGCUCUUCACAUUUUCCCAUGAGAUGACUGCAGAAUAAGGCACAAAUGCGUCAUGUAAAUAUGUUAGCACACAAAUAUGUAAUAUGCAGAAAUGUCUGUAAAGUUUGCCAAAUCCAACAACUGCCCCGCUUGAAGUAAUCACUGUAUUUAUUGCUGUAAUAAUUGAGAUUGAUGGGAUGUCCACUGGGAUAGAGUCAUGAAACGUGUUGAGAAUGGUAAGACUAGUACCAGGAAGUAAGCAGGUUCCACAGGAAGUGAGGAAGGUGUCAGUGAGCUGGUGAGGCAGCUGAAGGUGAAACAGGAAGUACUAAUACUGUCAUGGUGCUAACGUGUCACAUGGUCUGGUGUGUACAUGGUUACGGUAGCUGCAUUGUCAUGAUAUUAUCGUUGUAAAUACAGUAUAAUAGAUUUCUGUGUUGACAAAUGUUUGCAUGAGUAUGUUUGUGUGUACAACCCUGGUCCUCAGGGCCCACUGUCCUGUAUGUUUCCCUGCUCUAACACACCUGAUUCAUAUGAAUGGUUGCUAUCAAGCUCUGCAGAAGCCUGAUAUCAACCAUUCAUUUGAAUUAGGUGUGUUGGAUCAGGGAAUCAUCUAGAACAUACUGGGCCCUUAGGACCAGGGUUGAAGACCACUGUAUCAGACAAAUGUAUGACCAUUAAACAGAUGUUGACUGUACCAGUUGCCAGUGGCCAGGUAAAGUGCUACAGGCUAACAUAUGACAGUAUCAAGUGGAGUUAGUCGGAGCUAAGAUGCAAAGACGGAAUUCAUGUCAGAGAGGGCUAUCUUGCUUCUGAUGUAACUGCAGCGUUUCUCUCUAUCUCCAUUUCUCCCUUAUUCUUUCACCCUGUCUGACCCCCACCUCUCCCUCCCUCUCUCUCGACUGAGGAUUUUUUUCUACUUCUUGUUAAGACUCAGGGAGGAUUUGUUUCUGCUUCUUGUUAAGACCAGGAGUAAACUUACUUUGCUGAGGACAGGAUGGUUAGCGGCAUGUAGAAUGAAAGCUGUAGGUCGAGGAUGAUGUGAAGAUCGUAUAUAGCCUCAGCAUCUGAAUGACAUGUACAGUAGGCCUACAUAAGGGUAAAAUUGCAAUCCGAUUAAAUUAAGAUUUAU